AUGCUAAAUGUUUCCGCACUCACCGCCCGCUUGCAAGACCAAACCACCUCUGACCAGGUCUUCCUGGGCCAAUGCCUCGAGGACUACUCGGAGGUAGUUGUCAACUGCGACGACGUGGCCGACUCCCUUUGCCCGAUAUUCGACAAAGUCCUUGCGCACUCUGGCGAAGAUGGUGUGCGUGUCCUGACGAACUUCACGCGCCGUGAAUUUGACGUGCUGUGGGAGGUCGUCGAGCUUCCUCUCAAAGUUCGGUGA